UUUUUAUUUUUAUUAUUUUCUCGCCAUCAAAUUUCCGCCGCUCUCCUCCUCCUCUCCUCUUCUCCCUCCUGCGCCGCCGCCACCUCCUCCUCCCUCUUCCGCGCGCAUAUUCGCAUCGCAUAAAUCGCACCAACCGCGCGGCAAGAGGAGAGGGAGGAGGAAGCCGACCUAGCGGGCUAGCAGGCAGGGCGUCGAGCGGGUUGGAGGGUUUCUUGAGCGGGUUCGCCAGCUCGAGCUGUUUGCUUGUGGGGUUCUUGUUUUUCUUUUCCGGGAUCUUUGGGUGAUGGCUGCUGCUGCGGCGGCGGAGACGUCGGAGGCGUCCACGGCCGGGCUCGCGCUCGCGGAGGCCAACAUCAACUGGCAGAGGUUGGACAAGACCAGGUUCCAUGUCAUUGGAGCUAUCCUAUUUACUGCUCAGCAAGGUGUUCUGCACCCUACGGCCGUUGUGAAGACCAGAAUGCAGGUUGCAGAAGGAGGGCUUUCACACAUGUCUGGCUUUUCUGUUUUCAGAAGGAUAUUGAGAAGUGAUGGCAUCCCUGGUGCUUUCAGAGGCUUUGGCACCUCAGCAGUUGGAGCACUGCCUGGCCGGGUCUUUGCUCUGACUUCAUUAGAGGUGUCCAAAGAAAUGGCAUUCAAAUACUCUGAACAUUUUGAUAUGUCAGAGGCAUCAAGGAUUGCUGUAGCUAAUGGUAUAGCAGGUCUAGUGUCAAGUAUAUUCUCAAGCGCAUAUUUUGUGCCAUUAGAUGUGAUUUGCCAAAGGCUCAUGGCUCAAGGACUACCAGGGAUGGCCACAUACAGAGGCCCAUUUGAUGUGAUAAGCAAGGUUGUCAGGACUGAGGGGCUCCGGGGCCUUUACCGCGGUUUUGGAAUCACCAUGUUGACUCAAUCUCCAGCCUCUGCCCUUUGGUGGAGUUCAUAUGGUGGUGCUCAACAUGCCAUAUGGAGGAGCUUGGGUUAUGGAAUUGAUUCACAAAAGAAACCAUCUCAAUCAGAACUAGUUGUCGUUCAAGCAACUGCUGGAACAAUAGCUGGUGCUUGCUCAUCAAUAAUCACGACACCAAUCGAUACCAUUAAGACACGACUUCAGGUGAUGGAUAACUAUGGUAGGGGCAGGCCAUCUGUCAUGAAAACCACCAGGGUGCUGCUAGAGGAAGAUGGCUGGAGAGGUUUCUACAGGGGGUUUGGACCGCGGUUUCUCAACAUGUCCCUGUGGGGUACAUCCAUGAUUGUAACUUACGAGCUAAUAAAGAGGCUCUCCGUCAAGCCGGAGUGAUGAGCCUUUUGGCUUCUGUUCCAAAUAGAUGGUGUAAUCUUGAAGACCCACAAUCCUUAUCUGUGAUGGGCUGACGGCUAUCUAGUGAGUUCUUCUCAAGAAAGGGAUUUGGAAAGUAACAAAAUCCAAUCAAGAAGUUUUAGUGAUGGAAACUGUUUUAUAACUACAGGGGAAGUAUUAGCAAGUUAGUAGCUUAACAAGUUCCUCCUAUACACUGUAAAUAUUUACUAGGGUUCUGUAUGAAGUUCUUCUGAAGGUGCUUCAUCCAGGAUGUAAUAGCCUGAGGCUUGCCCUGGCUACUGGGGGCAACAUGUACGCGGCUCAUAAAACCCUAAAAAUUUUGGCAAUGAGCUUUUGUAUCUCUUUCCAUGAGGCAACAAAUUCCCACGGUAUCUCGCUUGGUUUAAUUUGUUAUCAUUUUUAGCAGAUUCUAGCUAGCCACGGUCUUGAGAUGGAUGAUGUAGCCAAACCAAUUUAAUGGAAAAUGUACUCGCUUAAUAUGAUAUACUUAGACCACUUGCUUUAUAGUAUGAUAUAAGAUCGACAAGCUUUUGGUAA